CAGUUACUCAGUAAGCUUCUGUAAUUUGUAUUAUGCCUCUUUUAUGAUUAAGUUAUUAUAGGGUUGCUACCUGUCUGUUUUUUAACCAGCCUGGCUGUUUUUUGUACUGCCCUACCUGUUGCCAGUGAAAAGAUUUAAUGAGAUGCUUUUUUCACUUGAAACAAGCAGUUAAGCACACAGUGACCGUUUAUUUAUUUAUUUAUGUCUCGGAGGUGGCAGUCCUUAUUUAUGAUGCUACCUUAAAAACAAAAUGAAACCUUGAUUCAAGUUGUGACCUUGUUGUUCUGUUAUGCUAAAAUUUAGUGGCAACGUGUUGUGUUACCUCAGUACGAGAAGUUGGCAGGGAUUUCAAUUAAGGUCAGCUGUACCUCACCCACUGAAGUUACAGUAUUUCAAAACCAGGCGGCUCAGUGAAGUUUUUCCACUGUAGAAGCUAAGAGACAUGUAAAGCUAAAAGACAGUGGUCUGUCUCACAAAUUGAUGUGAAUUGUAGACACUUCAAUGAGGUGUCAGGAUGGUCCGGUUCAGUAUGAAUCAUCAGAGCGCCUCUCUGUUGCGCUUCCUUACUUUCCUUCUGCUAUGGGAUUACUCUGCUAGCCAGAGAACAGUCCAGAUACAACAAGGACGGCUUUACAGAGCAAAGGGCUAUCCAGUGACCAUAGCGUGUAAUGUGAGUGGACACGCAACAAACGCAGAACAGGAUUUUGAGUUCUCUAUCUUCAGCCCUGAUAAUCCACAACAACAAAUAAACAUAAUCAGCACAAAGAACACCAACUUUGCCUAUGCUAAAUAUGGAGGAAGAGUUAGGCAAAAAGACAUUUUCAUUGAGAGACGCUCCAGAGACUCAGUUUUGCUCCACAUCAGAAAACUAGUAGAUGGUGAUUCAGGAGAGUAUGAAUGUCAUACUCCAAACACUGAUUCGAAAUACUUUGGAACCUACAAUGACAAAAUGAACCUUACAGUUAUUGAAGACACACUUGAUGCAACACUGGGUAAGGAGACUCUUAAUAAAUUUGAAGGGGACCCACUGCAGUUGAAAUGUGAGGUAUCAAAACAAACCCUCCAGCACACACACAUAUCGGUGACCUGGUACCUUAAUAAGACAGAGGACCUGAGACUUCCAAUCAUCUCAUUGAUGAAGGAUUUUGUCUUGAACCCUGGAAGUGAAUACAGAGUCAGGUAUGAAGCAGGACACAUCAGAUUGGAUAAGAUCGGGGAGACAACGUACAGGCUGAGUAUCUCCCAGCUGCAGCAAUCAGACCAGGGACAGAUCUACUGUGAAGCCGGCGAGUGGAUCCAGGAUCCGGACAGAUCCUGGUACCAAACUACUUCAAAAACAACAGCAGCCACUACUGUUAAUGUUCAGAGUGUGGGGAAAGAUUUCAAUACACAGAUUGUGACCAACCAAGGACCACUUAAAGAAGGAGAUACUUUAGAGAUAAGAUGCACGGUGGAAGCACAAAAUAUUCCAGACCGCUAUUUCUCAGUGGUUUGGUUAAGAAACAAUGAGGAAAUGGCCAGCUUCGGACCCACUGGUGUACCAGACAUUGGGGAUAACUACAGAGCCAGAGAGAGCAAUAGGCAGGUGAAAGUCAUCAAAAAAAGUAACAGCGACUACUUAUUUAUAGUCUACCAUGUCAGCAAAGAGGACAGUGGGUCAUAUCAAUGCAGAGUUACCGAAAUGGAGAAAGGAUCAGGGGAAAAUUUCAUAGGGAAGACACCAAAAUCCACACUUGAAGUAAUGCUUGAUAUCCGCCCUUUACUGAGCAACUUAAGUGUUGUUGUUUCAAGUAACACAGUCGAUAUUACUGAAGGAGAUUCUCUUCAUUUUGACUGCAAGGUCACUGGUUCACAAGGGCAUCUAUCAGUCACCUGGCGACUCAGCCAGAGUCAUGAUAUCAUUACUCUGAACCAGAUUGGUGUGCUAGAACCUGGCAACUCAUACCGGGAGCGCAUUAGGAGUGGAGACAUCCGCGUGAACAGAGUAAGCCGAGAACUAUUCACCCUGGAUAUUACCAACUCUCUGGCUUCAGACCAGGGCACAUACAUGUGCGUUGUGACAGAGUGGACUGUCGAGGCCAACGAUAAGUGGAAGCAAGAGGAAAACAAGUUCCACGAACUUGCUGUUACAGUAACCUUGCUAGGGUCACUCCUGACUGCAGAGCUGAAGAGUCGCACAAUAAAUGUCAGAGACAAUGACAGUGUAAUUCUGCAAUGCAAAGUCAAAGGACCCAAGGUUCCACUAAGCAUUACCUGGACAUUUAUGUCCAAGGGCUCACAAACAGAGAACAUAGUGGUGAUCCACUAUGAUGGGAAAAUCACCUGGGGGAAAAAAACCGGUAACUUUAAACUGAUCUUACUGACUCUGGAAAAUACUAAAGUGACUCUAAUUUAA